AUGGAAAUCCAAUUUCAGGGUCUAUACUAUUCAUACUACAAAACGAUUAUCGAAGCACCAUCAUUUCUGGAUGGUUUACGUCAAAUAACCCACGACAAUGUGACUGAAUAUGGGCAUACUAUCAACACAUUGAAACGGUUCAAUCUCUAUCCGGAGGUGAUACUCUCUUAUGCCUACAGAAUAUUCAAACGAACAGCAAAUGCAUUGAAUUGGAAAAUGGAACGAUGUUGGACCGUCAACCGAGGAGACCUCAGUCCUGUGGAGAGUUGUGAAGGUAUCGGAAAUCCUCACUACUUUUACAUCGAUUUGGUAUUCGCGCUUGCCGGUACUACGGCUGGAUGGUUGUUCUUCUUAGGUACCCUCGUCAGCGAUACAGUAUUCGGUGGUGCUAUUGCGGUAUUGGCGUUUGCCUUUAAUCACGGUGAAGCUACGAGAGUGCAAUGGACACCGCCACUUCGUGAAUCGUUCGCUUUCCCAACGAUUAUAGCUCAAACUGUCGUCGUCACGUAUAUUUUGAAAAAUCAUCGCUCAGGGCUUCUAUAUGGCCUGCCAAUGGUGGUUUUCGGUUGUUUGUCGAUGCUUUUCUGGCAGUUUUCUCAAUUUGCCUUCUUCACUCAAGUCGGUUCCUUAUUCGUGGUCUAUACGUUUGACUUUAUUCCUCGCCCAACCAUGGAGACAUUGCUCAAAGGACACCUGGUUGGUGAAAUUUCUUCCUCUGUAGUUGCCUAUUUGAUUGCCUAUUGUUUAUUUUAA